AUGGUGCUUCCAGCGUCAAGUUCUGGAAAUCUAAUGCUCUCUGUCAAAGUGGGUUUGAUAUCAACUGGUGUAUUAUCUUUAGCAGUGAUGUUAAAGCUAUCAGUACUUCCAGUGGUAACAGAUUUUGCAGUCUCUGAACUACCUAACAUGUAUUCCUCCGUUCUUUCUUGGCUUCAGCCACCUUAUCUUUACUUGGUCAUCAACUGCAUAAUCAUCUCUAUUGUUGCCUCUUCCAAGCUUCAGCUUCAAAAACAAAAUCAAGAACAACAAGUACCCUCGCCACCAGUGGAUAUUAUUGCCCCUCCAGUGCAGGUCGCGGAGGAGGAGAAUAUCUCUGUUCGCGCAAGGAUUGAUUAUGUUAAUGAUUCUGUUGUUGCUGCAAGGGAUCAAUAUGCAGGUACUUAUCAAGAUUUGGAAGUGGAGGAGAAGGCUGUGAUUAUGGAGGAUGGUGGCAAAGUAUAUGAAAGGGAAGAGUAUAAGGCAGCCCCAUCUAGUAGUGAUUCUAUGGAGUUUUUGUCUGAGAAAGAUGAAAAGAAACAGCAACCAUUGGUUUCUUCAAGAUUAGGUCGCAGGAAAUCUUUGAAAGCAAAUACUGAAGGUUGUGGGAAGGCAGCAGCAUUGGGAGUGUCAAAACCAAAACGGCACGACACGCUGGAGAGCACGUGGAAGACAAUAACGGAUGGCCGUCCUAUGCCGUUGACCAGACACCUUAAAAAAUCCGACACGUGGGAAUCACACGUGCGCCGCGACAGCACCCCACCGCCAAAACUGAUGAAGAAAGCUGAGACAUUUAAUGAUAGCGGCAGGUCGGAGAAGCUUGCUCGGAGCCCGCAAGGGUCAGGGAAACUCAGGCGGGAACCUUCAUUGAGUCAGGACGAGUUGAACAAGCGAGUUGAAGCGUUUAUAAAGAAGUUUAAUGAGGAAAUGAGGUUGCAGAGGCAGGCGUCUUUGAAUCAAUAUCAAGAGAUGAUUGGUGGUGGAGCUUAUUAG